AUGAUGCUCAAAAACUUUACGCAAACUAGAUUGUUUCAUUCUAGUAGACAUCUAUUGAAUUUGAAAGCUGCAAUUGCUGACGUUAUACCAAAAAGAAGAGAAGAAUUACUACAUAUCAAGAAGAACUUUUCGGAUGUGAAAGUUGGUGACAUUACUAUUGGCAGCGUUAUCAAUGGUAUGAGAGGAAAUCAAUCUAUGUAUUGGGAAAGUACCACAUUGGACCCCAAUGAAGGAAUAAGGUUCCAUGGGAAAACUAUUGCUGAAUGUCAAAAGUUGUUACCUGGCGCGCCAGAAGAUAAUGGGAAAGGUGAAUUCUUACCAGAAUCCAUGUUAUGGUUAUUGAUGACUGGGGAGGUACCUUCAGAGGAACAGGUAAGAAAAUUGACUCAAGAAUUGGCUGAAAGAGGUGCCAAGUUACCACCUCACACGGAGAAGCUAUUAACGAGCUUGCCUCGUGACAUGCAUCCUAUGACCCAAUUGGCAAUUGCAUUGGCAUCCAUGAACAAGGGAUCCAUAUUCGCUGAGAAGUAUCAAGAAGGUAGCAUUGGGAAAAUGGAUUAUUGGGAAUACGUCUAUGAAGACGUGUUGAAUCUAAUUGCCGCUUUACCCAAGAUCACCGGGAAAAUUUACAGCAAUAUUGUUAACGAUGGUGAACCUUUAGGCCAUUACAACGUCGAAAAGGAUUGGUCGUACAACAUUGCAUCUUUGCUUGGAAUGACAGUUAGUGAUUCCGUGAACAUGCACUCGCUCACACAAGAAAGAUCUAACGACUUCGUUAACCUAGUUCGUUUAUACUGCGGUAUUCAUGUUGAUCAUGAAGGUGGGAACGUUUCUGCACAUACCACGCACCUUGUCGGGAGUGCCUUAAGUGACCCAUACCUCAGUUAUUCUUCUGGUAUCAUGGGUUUGGCAGGACCGUUGCAUGGAUUAGCGGCUCAAGAAGUGGUUAGAUUCCUAGUUGAGAUGGAAAAGGAUGUCGAUUCUGUAGAAAAUGUGAAACAAGUGGAAGAAUAUCUAUGGAAAGUAUUGAAUUCAAGUAGAGUGAUUCCAGGAUACGGCCACGCCGUGUUAAGGAAACCAGAUCCAAGAUUUGAUGCAAUGUUGAAUUUUGCAGAAAAGAGACCAAAAGAAUUCAAAUCUGAUGCCAAAGUCCAAUUGAUGAAACAAUUAUCACAAAUUGCACCAAAAGUCUUGAAAGAACAUGGUAAAACAAAGAAUCCAUAUCCAAACGUCGACAGCGCAUCAGGAAUUUUAUUCUACCACUACGGUAUUGAUCAGCUACUAUUUUUCACAGUAAUAUUCGGUUGUUCAAGGGCAAUGGGACCCUUGUCACAGUUGGUUUGGGACAGAAUCCUUGGUUUACCAAUUGAAAGACCAAAGAGCAUCGAUCUAAACACCAUAAAAAAAAUAUGCAAAAUUUAA